AUGGUAUCCAACAAAAAUCCCCAAGCUAGCACCAACAAGCAACUGAGCCACGUGGCUCGCGAAGGAUCUGUGAUCACCGUCGCUGGACAAGGCAGGGUUUCUGACCAAGACAAACAUGACGAGCUCAAAAGCAAACCGGAAUUGUAUGCCCAAGACGUGGCGCUACGUGGUGAGGAUGCUACCAAAGAUGAACUUGGAUGUAUUGGAAGCGACAACGACACAACUUUACGCGGUGAUUAUGAAAUUGAAGACAAGGACAUUGGAUUGCUUGGUAGCAACGGCGAGAUGUUCAGCCGCAAGGACGCUACCGACAACAAGGCAGUGAGAUUGAUCGGAAGCAACGGAGAAGUCACACUAGGUAGUCAAGAUACGGUGGAUAAUGACGACGACGAGAUGGAAAGCAAUACUAGCUCCCAUGGCAGAGAAGCAGAGGACUCUACCAACAACGAGGCAACGGGAUCGCUCGGCAGCAACAGAGAAGUUACACUGGGAAGUCAAGAUACGGUAGAAACUGACGACAACGACAUGGAAAGCAAUGAAAGUGUCCAUGGCGGAGAAGAAGAAGGGUUGGUUGGAAGUGAAGGGGGCGUUACUCUGGGAAGCGAGGAUACUCUCACAACCGAAGAUGAAGAUACUGAAGAAAGUGGUGAAGAGGAUUGA